CUUCAGAUAUUAAAAGCUUCCCUAAACAGUAUUCCAGGUGUGGUCUGACCAAGGCAGAAUAGAGUGGUACUAUUUCUUCCCUUGAUCUGGACACUAUACUUCUGUUCAAGCAGCCUAGAAUAGUAUUAGUUUUUUUGCUGCUGCAUUACACUGUUGGCUCAUGUUAAGCUUAUAGUCUAAAACCUCUAAAUCCUUUUAGUAUUUACUGUUGGAAAUCCAGGUGUCUCUCAUCUUAUAUUUGUGCAGCUGGUUCUCCCUACCUAAAUGUAGAGUUCUGUAUUUGUCCCAAUCUGUUAAAGACAUUUUUAAUUCCGAUCCUGUCUUCUGUGGCAUUAGCUACCCCUCCCAGUUUGAUGUCAUCUGCAAAUUUGGUGUCAUCUGCAUCCUCUCAAUUCCUUCAUCCAAGUCAUUUAUAAAGACAUUGAACAACAACAGACCCAGGACAGAACCCUGCGGCAUCCCACUUGUCACUUUUUCCCAGGAUGAUAACCAUUAGUGAGCGCUCUGGGUUUGGUCAUUUAACCAGCUGUAAAUCCACCUUACCCAGCACACAUUUUGCCAGCUUCUCUGCAAGAAUAUAAUGGAGAACUUUGUCAAAAGCCUCAUUGAAAUCAAGAUACGCUAUAUCCACAGAAUUCCCCUGAGUUGGGAAUAACGGUUUAGCCGCAUAGGUGAAUUGUGCCAUUUUGUGUCACUUUUUAUUUUAAAAUGAAUGUUAAAUUAUUUCUUUUUGUUCUACAGUAGUUUGUACUGAAAAGAACAUUAACAUUAAUAAUAGCUCUAUAAUGCUGCCAUCUAGUGUUGGCAAUUUAUUGGUGUAAGCUUUGGGGGUAAGGUAAAUUAUAGAGUUAUUAAAAACAUUAAAGUCUCUUUAAUUCCUUAUUCAAAAGAAAUUUAAAAAAUGAGAGCUUAAUUAAUCUAUGAAUAAUAAGCUUACAUUAUUUUGCGUUAAUAAUCAGUUAAUAUUUGCAUUUAUCAUAGUUUGUUUUCUGAGAAUGGCUUCCAUGGAAGGUAAAACCAGAGAAAUAAAUUACUUUAUGUAUGGCAUACUACUGAAGCCUGCUUUGCUCCUUUCAAGUCCUUUUUUGCUGCCUUGGCUUAGUAUGCUGACCAAACCCAUGUUUGUGGUUAAGCUCUCUCCAGACUAACCUUAGGUUACCAGAUGUACCCAUUUCCCAGGGACAGUCCCUGGAUUUACAAAUCAAUCCCCUGACAAAAUCCUAUCAUUCCUAUUGAAGUUGAAACGUGUCCCCAGAUUCAUUGAAAAAAAAUCUGGUAACCUUAGACUAACCACGAGCUGUAACCAAAGUCUGUCUGGAGACAGGUUAAGCACAAGCCUGAAUUCAGAGAACACAUGAAGCCAAUCUUUGGCUUAUUUCAGCACAGGCUUGAAAAGGACCAGGGAAAAGCAAAUUAGGUAUGAGCUGCAACCAAGCCACACGUCUGUGCUCAGCCAAAGUUUAGUUCAGUGUGAUGUGCACAACAACCUAGGGAAAUAAGAGCACUCUGUUCCGCACCAGAUGGAAACCCAGCAAUGAAAUGUGGGAAAAGAUAGCAAGCAAUCUGCAGCAGUGCAAAACAUCCCAUAAACAUGUUCGACUUUAAAAAUCCAGUAUGUAUACAAACUCUGCUCUUCUUUGGGAAUACAUUUACAAAUAAAACAGUAUUUGAAAGUUUAUUGUGGAACCUUUGUUAUCUGUUGGACUCUUGAAGUGAGCAGUGCUCUCAAGGUGUACGGUAACUAUCUAGCUAUACUUGUUCCAAUUUUGCCAGUGAACUGUCUGUAUUUAUCUUCCGUCUAGGCAAGCAGGAGGGGUGGUGAGGGGUGCAGCCUAGGAUAAGGAGCCUGGGUGUAGCUAGGGAGAAGGUAUGGCCUGGAAAGAGUUCUGCAGGCAGAUAGAGAAGGCUGGAGGGCUCCAUUUGGCCUGCCUGACCUGAGGUUCCUCACCUCUAUUGUGAUUUAUGUGAAGGAGGCCCCCCAGCCUGCUCACAGGUCCUUAUAUGAUCAGUGAAAACAGUUGGUCCUGGCAAGUAUUAACUGCUCUCAGUCUUAACAUGAUAACUGCCAUUUGUCCAGAUUUUAAUUUGUCUGAAUUAAUUUGAAGAUGUAUUUUAAUUAAUUGAUGCCUCUUUUUAUGUAUACUGUGUUAUUUGUAUGAUGUUAGCCGCUCUGAGCCUGGCUUCGGCUAGGGAGGGCGGGAUACAAAUAAAAUUUAUUAUUAUCAUUAUCAUUAUCAUUAUUAAAAUGUAAAGAGUGAAUGGCAGAUGUAGUAUGGGUAACUAAUGACAGUGUCCCUUAUCUUCCUAAAGAUGCAGUCACUACCGCAGAAAAGUAUUUUACUCUGGAAUGGGUUAAAAAACAUGGUUGCACCUUGAGAGUAAGUGCAAAUGCAGCCUUAUUAUGCUUUCUGGUGGUAAUGUAACUUCAGUACAUUGGAAUUUUGAUUUAUGCUUUAUUUCCUAAAUUUUUUAAAAAGAAACAUUGGACUAUUUUGAUGUACUAUUUUGAUGUAUCUGGCAGCCCAGCCAGUGCCGUCUCAGUAUACAUAAAAAGAGAGGGGAAAAGGUCAAACCAGGAAAAAACCAUAAUGGCCUAGGCUGCAGUUCUAUACACUUACCUGGGAGUAAGAACCACUGAAUUCAAUACUGUAGUGCUUAUUUCUGAGUAGACAUUAGAUUACACUGCUAGUUAAUCAUUUCAUUAAAGGUCUUACUUUUUCUAAGUCAGUUUGUAUUACACAUGGUAAAUAUUUGAUAACGGAGUAAUUCUUAUCAUAAUGACUUGGGUUUAUAUAUACUGUAUUAAUGUACUGCUGCAUGUAUCCCAGUCUCUGAGCAAUGAGACUGCUGGGAUUUCUGUGCUUACCUAGGGUUCUAUUUUCUUGGAAUGAAGGUCAAUAGAAAUUUUGGUGUCUUUAGGAUAUGUGGUUGCAUUUACACAUAUAUACAAUUUAAGCAUAAGAUCAGCUCACAGCAUUAACACACAAACAUAUCAAUUCUCCAUUGUUCCAGGGAACCUCCAAGCCACAGUGCUUGGGUCCAGCACAGAGCAUGACAUACCUGUCUCUUCAGCAUCCAGUAUCAGCCAAAACUUACCCACAAAAACCUGGCUACCAUUCUUCUACCUUUCAAGGUGAUCUUGAUUCCAAGUAGGGGCAGAGUUAACCCCACUUGUCUAUAUGGCAGCAUGGCUAAUGUAAACAGCACUAUUAUACUGCCUGCCAUUACCUUACCAAAGGAACAGGUUCAACUGGUUUCCUCAGAGAUUCCACCCCCACAUACACUGGAUCACAGGUUUGAAGGGACCCAUGGGUGUCAUCCAGACUGACCCUGGCAAACUCACAACAGUAUUCUUAAAGUGCUCAGUAGAACUUUAUUUUAAAAACAGUACUAAUAUAUGAUCAAUUCUUUUUGAUUGGCCUCAGACACUUUGCUGUUGGCUAGGUAAGCAUAAUGUUGGAUAAGCAGAGCAUACUCCCUCCUCCUAAUGAGUUAACCAGCUGGCAGUUAUUAAGACUAUGGACAUCAUUUUCAAAUCCAUCUGGAAUUUGCAGAUCCCAGGCUCUGCAUGCCUCUUAAUAUAUUUCGACCCAUUCUCCUUUCGUAUCCAAAGAAUAAAAUAAUAUUGUAAAGCAAAAAAAGCCAAAAAAUCCCCACACAAAUAAAACCGUGUUUAAAAGAUCCACUUAACAACAGAGAUGUGUGCUAGGCCGCAAAGCAGUAAUUUUAAGAGUCGGGGCUGGGAGGGGGAAAAGGGCAUCGGAAGCGGCGGCUGGGAUGACACGCAACAUGGCGUGCCUGUGCCAUCCUUUGCCCUCGCUUCAUGGAGAAGCCCCGCUGUGACUGGUGAGGACUUGCUCCCAGGUGAGCCUCGCGCAGAGGGCGACCAGCCGCAAACCCUCUGAGGGCCACACGGGGUGGGGGAGGCAGUGCAGGAAAGGCCGCCAGCCCCGGCGCAACAACCCCCGCAGGAGAGGCCAAGAGAAGAGCGAGCCUGUGGAUCCGGAUUAAUAAAUACGAGGCCGCGCGCCUCCUCCUGCUGCUGCUUCUUCGGUUCGGAGUGGCCGCCUUCUCAGCCAAUGGGAAGCGGGCGGCGCGCGGUCCGCCGCGUCUGAGGGAGGAGGCGGCGGCAGCAGCGGCGGCCUUCGCAGCCGCGGCCCGCUGCGUGGAAGUGCCGGGGCGGGAUUUCCUGAGCUUCCCUGUUGUGGCUGCUCGGGGAGGAGGGAAAGGGGAGGUGCCAAGCGGCGGGCGAGCGGCCGGGCGAGAGCGCGAGGGUGGAGACCCGUCAGCUGGGUGCGGCGUGAGGGGGCAGCUGGGCCGGUCCGGCCUGUGGAGAUCCGUCCGCCGACAUGCCUGGGAUAGACAAGCUGCCCAUCGAGGAGACGCUGGAGGACAGCCCCCAGGUGAGGAGGGGAAGCGGCGGGAGAGACAGCGAGCUGAGGGCCCUCGGCGCCGCGAGGCGGGCGGGCGGGCUGGUGGUGGGCUGCGAGCCCCAUCCCUCGCUGCCACCAUCCCGGAAUAGUAACACUUCGCUCCCUCCCUCCUUCCUUCCUCUCUUAUCUCCCCCCCGCGCCGUCGCCGACCGCCGCCUCACGAGCGACUCCAUAGCUACAAGGAGCCUGUGCAAAAACUGUCCCGCCGCGGUCUGGUCUUUCCGCUUCGCCUUCUGUAGCAUCUUCUCGAAGUGACACGGAGGGUUUGCUGCACCUCGCAUGCAGAAGUGCUUCUGCUAAAUCUGUGGGGAAAUGGUCUUCUGCGUGGGCUCAGCGUUUAGACUUGUUUGGGGACGGCCCCCUGCCCUGUUCCAAGUCGCCACGGGGCGCUUAAAUGGAGUCCCAGGAAGCAUAAUCACGCGACUGUCUUAGGCACAAAAAUAAUCAAACCCAAAAGGCCUUCCUCACUCCUUUUUUUUUUUUUUAAGUCCUUGGCUAGUGUAAAGGAAGCACUGUCUCCUUUCCCCAUGUUUGGGCUGUUGGGGGUUAAAUGGGGAUGUUGCUUCUGUCGAGUAUAAAAUCUGGAGGGUAUGUACAGGGUGGGACAUAAGAGCUCUUUCAGCGUUAUCGUGAUUUUUAUACAGUAUUGUAUUCCCCCACCCCACUGAAGGUCUUUUUCUCAGGUCCCACAGAGUCAAGGGAGACAGUCUAGUAAGGGCAGUAGAGCCCAGUGAAAUCUGUUCCUGCCUUAAAUUGCUGUGCAAUUAUUGAAAUUGCUGCCUCAGUUUCCUCACUACACCCUUACUCCUACAUUUGGUGGAUUUGUUUAUCAGUGACUUUAAAACUGCUGCCUUACAUGUAGUGUUAGCUCAAUUGCCUUGUAGGGACACCUGUUCAAAGAUUACGUUUAAUAAUGUACCAUUGCCUUAUGCACAUCUACUUUGAAUUUUGUUUUCUUGUAAGUGUGAUUGUUUUCAGGUACAGUUACCUUGCAGUCCACUCCUAUGCACAAUUAAACAUUCAUUUUUAAAAACUGAAAUACAACAAAAUUCUUGUGAACCACAUACUGUCUCAAGAAAAUUUGACAGAUGCUUGCCUGUUGAGUCUCAAAAAAGCAAAGAUAUGUAACAAUAUACAGUAAUGCUUUGAAAACGUUUCAACCACUGAGUCGGUAUGUGACUAGAUUGGAAAGAGAUGAUGGUGAUUAGCAUCUUCUGUUUCUUUUGAAUAAUUGGCUUCAUUAUCUCAUAUGUUGCUGUGUAAGAGAUGUUUUACACUUCCUGUGAUCUCAUCUAAACAAGCUUUCAGAGUAGUGCUUUGCAGUCUCCUGUUUAUGGUCUUGGCCACAGCAAUAACAUUAAUGUGCAAAUGUUGUACGAUAGAUGCAACUUUGUUAGAUUGAGUUUUUAUACUAAGUAAGAGAUGGACUACAUAUAAAAUAUGGAAUUGAUCUAGACCUAGUCUAGAUAUUCAUUAAAUCUAGAAGAUACUUCUACCUCAUCUACCUUAUCUUAAAAUCCCUUCCAGAAUUAUAGAAAUUUAAAAAGAGGGGUUAUUUAGUUAAGGGUUAGUCAACAAAAUGCACUCCAGAUAUUGUUGCACUAUGUCUCCCACCAUCGCUUGCUGGUGAUGAUGGGAGUUCUAACCCAACAAUAUCUGGAGGGCACAGUGUUUGCUACCCUGCUUUAGUUCAUCAUGCAUCAAUAAGAUGGAUGGUGAUUUUCCCCUAAAGAUGUAAAUGGGCAAGAAUUAAAGUAUAAAAUGUUUCAAAAAAGGAUUCUCUAGAGACCAGAGGCAUUCAAGUUGCUGCUAGCUUGAUUAACAAACAACAAUCAGACCUUGAAGCACAACAGAUUUUAGGGGUACGAUGCAUAAUUUCCUAUAUCUUAAUGAAGUUGUUUUCAAACUGUGUUCUGGGGUUCCUCAAAAAUUUAAGGAUGCGUCAUUCAGAAAAUCAGCAAUGUGGGCAAGUGUGCUCAUUACUAGCAGUCUCCUUAUAAAGCUACCCCCUGGGGCCCAUUUGAGAACUAAAAAUUACUGAGGUCCACCAAUCACAAAAUUGUGCUGCAGGGGUUGGAUAGAUGCAGAAAUUAGCACCAUCUGCUGACAAUUACUAACAUCCAAAAAUCAUUGUGCUUGUGGAAUGACUUCAUUGAGUGCAAUGAACUUCUCCAAACUGGUCUGGAGGGUUGGAGGAAGCCCCAAAGCAAAUUUAGGGGUCCUUCCUCCUCUGAAUGAGGGAGCUGCUGCUGCUAGCAUCUAGCCAACCAAAAGUCUACGGUACAAUCAGGGGGUGGGUUGUAGCAUUGAGGCAGGACCAGAAAGUGGGCUACCGGCCACUGUUGGUCCUUGAACCAGUUUGAGGAAUGCUGCUUUACAACUCUCAGCUACAGUUUGACAUAUUCUAGGAAUCUAGAAUGUAUUCUCAGUGUGGUGAUAUAGACCUGGACAGCGUUACUCUUGAAUCAACUGUGCAUGCUACUGAUGCUUCAAUACCCUCUGCAAUGUACAAGAAUUCCUUUACAGAAGUUCCUCAUCAAACUAGCAUAAACAGGUUUCCCUGAAAGUGGUAAGCUUUGGCAUAACUCAAAGAUCCGUCAUGCAAGCAGACAAAAACAUUCAGCAAAGUUCUCAAGCUUGAGCAUUCAACUGAUAAAGUGUAAGCAUAGGAUUGUACUGUUGGCAUCACAGGAAUUUGUACCCAUACAGGGUCAUUUAUCACAACCUCAUUUUCUUAUUCUAAAUUCUUGUAUCUGCAAAGUGUGAAGUUUCCUUCCCUUGCUUUGCAUAGCAUAAGGACUCUUUCUUCAGAAAAAUAAUUUCUCUUCCAGAGUCCAAAGGGGCCUUUGAGAGCAUAUCCAUUAGUACACACCCCUAUAUAAGAUAACUGAAGUUUGUUACACGUACACUUUAACUUCACACUGUCUCAUUUAACCAGCAAUGGAAGCUUUGUUGAAUUGCAGAACUGGAUCAACUCUGAUUUUGUCAUGAUGACAAAUUGAAAGAUUGGAGGCAACGCACACUGAACAAACUGUGGCUUACUUAAAUUCACUGCUUAAGCAAAAUUUGACUCAUAGCGUUCCUGACUCUUAUCCACAAUGCUACACCAGUCUAGAACAUUAAUAAGUUUUUACACACAUUAUAUUUUAUCAGAAGCUACUAUUUUAAUAGGUUUACUUCCUUUUGGAGAAGAAAAUAUACAUUCUAUUAAAAAUUCAUUUUGACUCAACUUUUGAAGGCAUGUGAUUGCACAUAAAUUAUAAAAUGAAUAGAUAAGGCUAUAAUCCCAAUAUCUGUCAAAAUUAUUUUCCACUGAGCUCAUUUCUUGAUGAACAUGCAUAAGAUAAGGAUGGAGAGAUCAUUUAACAUGACAGUACUACAACAAUAAUAAUAAUAAUAAUAUAAAUAAAUAAAUAAAUUUAUACCCCGCGCAUCUGGCUGGGUUUCCCUAGCCACUAUGGUUGGCUUCCAACAAAGAUUACAAAAUACAAUAGUCCUUCAGAUAGUAAAAGCUUCCCUAAGCAGGGCUGCCUUCAGAUGUCUCCUAUAAGUCUGGUGGUAGUUUUUUUCCUCUUUGACAUCUGCUGGGAGGGCGUUCCACAGGGCAGGCACCAGUACCGAGAAGGCCCUCUGCCUGGUUCCCUGUAACUUUGCUUCUCCCAGUGAGGGAACCGCCAGAAGGCCCUUGGCGCUGGACCUCAGUGUCUGGGCAGAACAAUGGGGGUGGAGACGCUCCUUCAGGUAUAGUAUUGUUACCAUGUUAGGACAAAAACCACUGUACUGAGAGCCAGUGUGGUGUAGUGGUUAAGAGCGGUAGUCUCGCAAUCUGGGGAACCGGGUUUACGUCUCCGCUCCUCCACAUGCAGCCUCUGGGUGACCUUGGGCCAGUUACACUUCUUUGAAGUCUCUCAGCCCCACUCACCUCACAGAGUGUUUGUUGUGGGGGAGGAAGGGAAAGGAGAAUGUUAGCUGCUUUGAGACUCCUUAAAGAGAGUGAAAGUCAGGAUAUCAAAUCCAAACUCUUCUUCUUCUUCUUCUUCUUCUUCUUCUUCUUCUUCUUCUUCUUCUUCUCAAAUAGCAGCAUAAAGGCUGUUCUACUACUCCAGAGGUGCAGUAUUUAAACAGUUCCACAAAUAAAAACAUAUUCAUAUAGCUGAAUAAUAAAAGAUGAGCUAAAAAUGUAGUGUCCUUUCUGGCACCAAAAGAACAGCAAGUUUGAUGUUAGGCAAGUGUCAAUGGUAAGCUGAUUAGUAGUUUACAAGCACACCUAGGUAGUGUUUGUCAUUCCAAUUUAAAUCCCAAAGUAAAUAGAGCUCGGGUGGUGGCUCCAGUUUUAAUGUCUACACUUCUAAAUAGCUCAUAGUCAGCAAUACAAAAAGUAGGGCAUACAUUAUAGGUGUUGGCAUUUGAAAUAGAUUUCAUGCCUUCUUUGGAAUCCAUAAUGAUCUAUGAUAGGCAUAAGAAAAUAGCAGGCCAGUGGGGGAGAACUUGUGGCCCUCUAGAUGUUGCUGGACUACAGCUAUCAUUCCUGACCAUGGACAUAGCCAAGGGGGAGCAGCGGGUCAUCUACCCCCCCCCAGAGCAAGUAAAUCAAUACAAAUACUUAACUAACUAAGGUUCUGCCCCCACUAAUAUGAAGCCUGCCCACCAAAAUAAAUCGUGGCUACAUCCAUGUCCCUGAUCAUUGUUCAUGUUGGCUUGAGCUGAUGAGUCCAACAACAUGGAGGACUGUAGCUUCCCUAUUCCUGCUCCAUCCCUCCCUUUUUCAAACAGCUGCUCAAUGAUCUGUGGUCACUGAGUAUGCACGGUUGUUAAUAGGUCUGCACCAUAGGGUUUAAAGUUUUUUUGUACUUCUGCAAACAUAAAGGUUAAAUAGCUGUUUUGGCUAUUUAAGGGUCAGCGCUUGACUAUGAUCACAUUCAUGUACUUGAGGCACAUGCCUUCCCCCAAUGAAUCUUGGGAACUGUAGUUUACCCUAACAGCUACAAUUCCCCACACCCUCAACAAAUUAUAGUUCCCACAGUUGUUUGGGGGAAGAAGCUAUGUGUUUUAAAUGUAAAAUGUGGAUGUGACCUAUGAGUUUGUUAAUAGUAUAUAGGAUAUAGAAUAAAUGAUUUUAUUCCCCCUCCCCCCCAAAAAAGAAGUAAAUACAGAAGUUUAUGCUCUUUGAAACUUGAGAUUUAUGGGACAUCUUAAAUUGAACCAGAAGCUGUAAAGUUAGUCUUUCCCUCUCUCCCCCUCUGUGUUUGUUUGUGUGUGUAUGUGUGUAUUACAUAGACCAGAAGCUAUAUAUUCCAGUACAGUGGUACCUCUAGUUACGAACUUAAUUCGUUCUGGAGGUCCAUUCUUAACCUGAAACUGUUCUUAGAGGCGUGCUUUCGCUAAUGGGGCCUCUUGCUGCCGCUGCGCCGCCAGCACACGAUUUCCGUUCUCAUCCCGGGGCAAAGUUCUCAACUUGAGGUAACUCUUACAGGUUAGCGGAGUUUGUAACCUGAAGCGUUUGUAACCUGAGGCGUUUGUACUUGGUCUUCAUUAGCAGCUAGGUGGAUGGAAAGCUCACAAGGAGGACAUGCUGGAAAUGGCUGUGUCCAUUGUUUGUCAUCAGGUUCCCCUAACUGGAAGCAUAAGCUGUCUUCAAAGACACGAGUUCAAGUUCUUGUUAUUACAGCAUGUAGCCAUCGAUGAACCUAUUAUCCAUAAUUCUAGAUUCAGGUAGGUAGCCGUGUUGGUCUGACACAGUCAAAAUAUUUAUAAAAAGUUUGUCCAGUAGCACCUUAAAGGUAAAGGUAAAGGUACCCCUGCCCGUACGGGCCAGUCGUGUCCGACUCUAGCGUUGUGUGCUCAUCUCACUUAAGAGGCCGGGAGCCAGCGCUGUCCGAAGACACUUCCGGGUCACGUGGGCAGCGUGACGAAGCUGCAGCUGGCGAGCCAGCACCAGCGCAGCACCCGGAAACGCCGUUUAUACCUUCCUGCUAUAAAGCGGUACCUAUUUAUCUACUUGCACUUAGGGGUGCUUUCGAACUGCUAGGUGGGCAGGAGCUGGGACCGAACGGCGGGAGCUCACCCCGCCGCGGGGAUUCGAACCGCCGACCUUACGAUCGGCAAGUCCUAGGUGCUGAGGUUUUACCCACAGCGCCACCCGCGUCCCUUAGUAGCACCUUAGAGACCAAUGAAAUUUGUUCUUGGUAUAAGCUUUCGUGUUCAUGCACACUUCUUCAGAUAGUGUAUCUGUAUCUGAAGAAGUGUAUCUGAAGAAGUGUGGUAGUGUCUUAGGAGGUGCUUUCUGCUUCAUGACUGCUAGACGCAUGUCAAAUGCCUAGUAGCAAUACAUUUUAUUCCAAUAUGUUUUGAGUCCCUGGAAACUAAAAUCUAGCUACUACACUAUAAUUUUAAUGUUAUGAAUGUACAUUGUUAUUUUUAGACACGUUCCUUGCUGGGUGUAUUUGAAGAAGAUGCUGCAGCCAUUUCCAGAUACAUUAGCCAGCUGUAUCAAGCCAUGCACCGAAUUUAUGAUGCACAGGUAGGGUGAUUAUUGCAGAAUGCAUAUGUUAGCUACUCUUGAGUUAGCUCUCCAAAAUAGUGUGUUUUAUGUUUUCUAUAUUCUAUAUGUGUCUUUGGUUCUUUUUUUCUUUCUAUUCUUUCCCUUUCUGUCCAUUACUUCAUACUCCAACUACUAACUGCCUUGUACCGACAUUCCAUGUGAAUAUGUGUCUUUUCCUUGGUUUUUAUUUGCUUAUUUUUUCAGCUGCUGUUCUCCUCCUGGUUAACUUGUUCACCUGCUCUGGAGCACUAUCCAGCUGCUCCUUUCAGAGUUCUGAGGCUGCUCCCAAAGCUAUGAUAACUGCCUUCCUGAACUCCACUCUCCCUCUUCCCUCUCUCCCCACCACCACAGCACAUAUGAGCUCAUGCACGCACACCUAAUUAUUACUAUUUAACUGCCUCCUUUGUGAGUGUAGUUUUUAAUAUAUGUAUACUUCUACAUACCUUGUCGUUCCCCCAGGGAUGCAGAAAGCUUCCUUCUCAUUUGUUGGGUUUUCUUCCAAACUGAUUGGCAGGGGACUAAUCUUGCUGUUAGAGAGAAUGAUACUGCCUUUUGUUUUGAAUGAUGGUCCCUUUUACAUUGACUUAACAGCAAUCUAAGUGUGAUCAUGUAUUGUUGGUUUAACUUAGAAAUGCCUGGUAUCUGCAGCUUCUGGUUCAAAAGUGUGAAAUUUAUGAUAUGACAAAAAAGAUAUAUAUUUUUUUACUUAAUAGCUAAGCACCACCUUACCAUGGUCAAAUAAUCCAUAAUGUUGCACCCAGAGUGGCUCUUUGCAGUUGUGUGGUGUUUUUAUGAAAUCUACAGUAUAUUUUCAUUAUCAGUGCAAAGUAGGAAAUAUUUAUUGUCUUUUUUUUCUUAACCAGAAUGAAUUAAGUGCAGCAACACAUUUGACUUCAAAGCUUCUAAAGGAAUAUGAGAAACAGGUAUGAAUGAACAUAUUUGGGUUAUGUUCUUAGAACUCUACAAUUUUAUGUUACAAUCUGAAGAUUGCUAGCCUCUUAUACUGGGUCAGCUUAUGUUCAUUUAAUGCAGGGCGGGGAAUUGGUGUUCCUUGGUUGUUGUUGGACUCCCACCUUCCAUCAGCCCCAGCCAGUCUGGCCAGUGAAAAUCAGAACUGUAGUUCAGCAACACACAUUCACUACCUCAGCUUUAAAAGUAGCCAGUCAUGUGGGAAUUAAGGAGGUGAAGUGUUUCCUGUUUCUUUAUUUCUGUGCCAGGCAGGGAAAGCUCCAUUUGCUUAAUUUCUUCAUGUCAUGCUUACUGUCAAAAACACAGAACCUGACUAGUAAAGAAACAGCAUCCAAGUUAAAACCACCACGAAUAAGCAGAUUUAACAUUUCAGUUUUAGAACAACAUAGGCAUUCUACUAACAUCAGCUAACUUGUCUUUUUGUCAGGUAUGUUCAUUCAAAAAAGUUCCAUAAAUACAUUUUUUCUUGGCCUAUAAUCAUCCAGGAAUUUCCAUUUUUGAGCAUAUCAGUGCUAUUAGAUACCAGCAUAUUUUACUAAAGCUUUGGAGUGUUGUUCUAAAUCUUUAUAAGAAAAGUAAACGGAGGUUAACUUCUGAGUAAAAUAUAAGUUUUUGUUUUGGUAGCGCUUUCCCUUGGGAGGUGAUGAUGAAGUUAUGAAUUCUACUUUGCAGCAAUUUGCAAAAGUGAUAGAUGAGGUAAGUUUGUAUGUGUGCUGCUGUUCUUUUUUAGACUCACAUUUGUGUAUUUACAAAUCAUAGUGAUGGUUUGCAAUAGUCCAAUUAAUACUGAGCCUUUUAUGUAAAACUGGUGACUCUUCCCCUUUUCUGAUUCUUUCAAUGAAGAGUCUCAGUAGAAUGCCUUAAAUUAGGAAGGGCCUGUUGUGCUUCUAAAGCAACAGAGCAUGUGUGUUUUCUGCAUUUCUUUAAGUUCAUUUAAGAGUAACGUCCUACUUGUUAUUCAUGGUUAGUGCUAUAAUUGUACCAGAGGGCCUUCUUUAGGAUUGGUACCCCAUUGUGCUAAAAGGCGUAGUUCCUGAUAAAUUGAAAGAAGUCAAGUUUAAUAGUUAUGUUCUUUUGGUGACAGCAUUUCAUGGCUGAAGAAAUUGGUGUUUAACUGUUGAAGAGACAGGUGACUGUUAGAGAAAGCUUUUAGCCUAUGUUAAAUGUUACUUUAAUCUCCAGAAUGUAAUUGUCAAUGAGGUAAAGGUAAAGGGACCCCUGACCAUUAGGUCCAGUUGCGGAUGACUCUGGGGUUGUGGCGCUCAUCUUGCUUUACUGGCAGAGGGAGCCAGCGUACAGCUUCCGGGUCAUGUGGCUAGCAUGACUAAGCCGCUUCUGGCGAACCAGAGCAGCGCACGGAAACGCCGUUUACCUUCCCGCCAGAGCAGUACCUAUUUAUCUACUUGCACUUUGACGUGCUUUCAAACUGCUAGGUUGACAGGAGCAGGGACCGAGCAACGGGAGCUCACCCCGUCGCAGGGAUUCGAACCGCCGACCUUCAGAUCGGCAAGCCUCCUUGUGCUUUUUAUCUCCCUAUACUAUAGUUUUGUAGGUGUGAUGAUAUAGUUUGCAUGGCCACCCACAGGCGGCCAUGCCAACUUCAGUGCAACAAGAGAGCAGCAGGCAAACAAAUGAGCAAGUGUGGGCGGGGGGUGGAGAGCCAGCCUAGGUCAGCUGCUGAGGAAGAAGAGAUGCUUAAUGUGUUGGGGGGGAGGGAGCACUUCAGGGAUAAAUUUUCCAAACCACUAUUUGAAGCACGUCUCACCGUUCUUUAAGUGCUGCUCCAGGAAUGUGAGGAUGCUUCAUAGAGUGCUUCAGCAAAUCACUCUUUCAUGCACCCUAUCUCCAUUAAACACAUAACAACCUGUGAGGGAAGAGCUGUUUGAGCAAGAUGUGAAAGAAGCAGGCUGGGAUUUGGUGUGGGAUGAGUGGAGGAGGUGGGGAGUUUGGUCAGGUGUUGGGGAAGGGACAUUGGCCAGGUGUGAGAGAUUGGUGGGGUUGAGGAGGGGGAAAUAAUUAGAUCCUUGAUCUGUACAAAAUUCAUAAGGCAGUCCCUGUCCAAAUGACCCUGCUACCUAACUUACACAAAUACCAUGAAUAAACACUUUGACGUUUUUACAAUCAAUUUACAACCAAAUUUUAGGAAACAAAUAAAUAAACUAAAACCUGUUGAAGGUCGAAAGACUAGGACAGACUUUAUGAAGGAAAUGAGUUGUAAGGACCACCCUGUGCAUAUCUGUUCAGAGAGUUCAGUGACACUUGCUUCCAGAUAAGGAUGUGCAAACUGGGGUGGCUGUACGUAACUUUAAUUGGCAUUACUAGAAUGUCGAAGUGCUUAAUUUUGGCUGGAUUGUGCCCCCUUUGUCUGUUUUUAAUGAAGACUUGUAAGUUACCUUUAGUUGAAACUUGAUGUUUGCAUUAGUUGACGUAUUUGUGAAACAGGAGAAAUCUCUAUCUGCAGAUAAAAUUGUGUACCUUUGUGGUUUUCCCCUCUCCUUAGCUCAGUUCUUGUCAUGCAGUACUAUCAACUCAAUUAGCUGAUGCCAUGAUGUUUCCCAUUACCCAGUUCAAGGAAAGAGAUCUAAAAGGUACGGUAGUUACUGUCACAAAUGAUGUAGAGAAGUUGAUCAUGCUUCAGUUCACAUAAUUUGAAUUUAUAACAUACUCUGGUUUCAGUAAACAGAACUCCAGUAUUAUAUUUUAGAUACUUUGAAAAUUAUUAUUCAUUGCAGUUUUUUGGUCUUCAGAGUCACUUUUGAGUGGAAAAGUAGGCUAAUUGAAAAAAGAAAAUAGGCAGUAGUCAAUGCCUAUUAGACAUUUAGAAAUAUAAGGCUGAACCCUUAUGCACAUUUACUUGGAUCUUUUUUCAGAAAUAGAGUUGCAAAAUUGGUUUUCUGUACUGAAUGUUCAGUUGUCCAAUUAUAAAACCCUAAAUCAAGUCUUUUUCUAUAUUUUAUAGUACAAUUAGCAAAACUGCUUUGAUAUUAUGUGCUUCCUUAAAUAAAAUGCAUUCAUUUCAGAGAUUCUGACUUUGAAAGAAGUUUUUCAGAUCUCAAGCAAUGGUAAGUAUACCUUAAAUGUUAAUUCUCUGGCACUUCUUUAAUGUUAUGACGUAUGGCUGAACUCUUGAAAAUAGUGAGGCUUUACAGAUGUUGUGCAGAGCUUUGAGAGAAGUGAAGCAUUAACAUAGACUCCAUUUCUAGCUUCAGUGGGUUUUUUUUGCUAAUUUGUUGGCUGAAGUAGGUAUCCUUUAAUUUGAAAGUUUGAAGACAUAGUUAUUUUAAACACAGUGGAUGGGAGGAAACUCUUUACAGGUUGGUAAGCCCUUGGCAUUCAAUUUGCUAGCAAACUCUUACCAUAAUAAUAUCUCAAAAACUAUUAAAAUACUUCCAGAAUAACUAAACGCAUGGGGGAAAUCUUAGUAGCUAUUGUGUAUUAAAAUAUCCUACUAUGGCAUUUCAUAAUUUAAACAAUUCUGUUGUGGGUAGUGAACCAUAGCUUCUAUGAAGAGAAGCUUAUUUUAUCCUUAAAUUAAGCACUUACAGUGUUAUAGAAUUGUAGAGUUGGAAGGGACCCUGAGGGUCCCUUAAACUUAAAUUGUUUUGUAGCUGCUACUCAAAUGCAGUGUAAACUUCAUUUUGCAGAUCAUGAUACUGCCAUCACCAGAUAUAGUCGACUGUCAAAAAAGAGAGAAAAUGAGAAGGUUUGAGAAAUUUUCAAUACAGCACUUAGAUUUCAUGUUAUAGAAUGGCUACAAAAUCUGGUAAUUCUUAAAUGAUGCACAUGCUUAAUUAUAUUAACUGUUACACACCUCCAGCAGUUCAGACAGUCUUGCAUAGAAAAUAUAUAUUGUUCCAUUGUAAAUGUGUCAUGUGGAAUUUUUCUUUGAAAAUACAUAUUUCAAUACAGCAGAAUGGGGAGAAGGCAUUAGUUCUUUUUUAAAAACAUGAGGUGUUUAUAUUUUAAAUCUCCAGAGCUUAAUGCCUGUUAACUACAACCUGGUCAUGAAUAAGGAGGCUGAUUUGCUGUGGCAGAGAUCUGGUUGGGUGGACCAACUCCAAAUUACCCUCUCCUGGGUAAUUUGGAGCAGCACCAGCAUAGAUUGAAAGGUAGAGGAAGGGGGUGUUGCAUCUAUCAAAAUGUCAUCUCUUUUACAGGAAGCUAGUGUGCUUGAGUGCUAAAUUUGAGGGUUGGAAUUUAGUGCUGGACCAAAGAGACAAAAAAGGCAUCCUCUAAGUAUACCACCCACCCUACUAUCCAAUUGUUUCCUGUCAAAGCUGGCUGAGGUGGUCUCAAAGGUGGUGUUGGAGAAUCCACAGACGGUUGUACUGAGGACUUCAGCAUCCACACUGAGGUUGUCUUCUUAGGUCCAGCUCAGGAAUUCAUGGCCUCCAUGACAACCAUGGGGCUAUGUCAUAAGAGCAGCCUGCUGGAUCAGGCCAGUGGUCCAUCUAGUCCAGCAUCCUGUUCAGGGAAGCUUUUAAUGUUUGAUGGGUUACUGUAUUUUAGUAUUUUGUUGGAAGCCGCCCAGAGUGGCUGAGGAAGCCCAGCCAAAUGGGCGGGGUAUUAUUAUAUUCAUACAGUGGCCCAAUUGCUAGUGAUCGUUGAUCUGGGCUUUGCCACACAGUGGACCUAUCUGGUUCUGUGAUUGGGGUGGUUGUCCUUAAUACUUUCUCAUGGAUGGUCUGUUUCCUAGUAUAGUUUUACUUGACACCCAAUUCCCCUCCAUAGGUAUGAGGGGACUGAUUACAGUGGUGCCAAGCAAAACGAAAUUAAUUCGUUCCAUGAGUUUUUUCGUCUUGCGUUUUUUUUCGUCUUGCGAAGCACGGUGUCGGGAAAGUUUUGGAAAAGCUUCAAAAGUCUUCAAAAACUUCAAAAAAGGGGGGUGCUUGGGAGGGAGGGAGAGGCGGGCGCGGGGCGUGGGGGGAGGCAGGGCAGAGGGUGCUGCCUGAGCCCCGGGAUCAGGUCGGCUCGCCUUGCUCCGACCCUUUGCACUACAGUCGGCGCCGUCUUGCUGCUGCUGCUGCUGUCGCCGCGGUAGUCAAAACUCCUACUGGCCUAAAAGUUGUCUCGUGCAAAAUCCCUUCUGCAGCAGCAGCAGCCCGAAAGAAAGCGAGAGCGCCAGCCAGCCAGCCGCCCGCCACGGGCAGGAGGGAGGGAGGGAGCGUCGGCGACGGUGGAUGCCUAUUGCCCCUGUUGCUGCUGCAGCCGGCCAGCCAGCCAGAAGCGCGCGAGCGGAGAGGGGUGCAUCCAGCCCGUUGGAGAGGAGCGUGGGGGCGCGUCCCCGGUGGCUCCCGAGCUGACCUUGCCUGGCCCGGCGCCUUCCACGCUGCCAAAGGGCGACUCACCUGCUGCCUGCGCUGCGCCGGGACUAACUCGAGCGGGGCGAGGAGAACACACACUCGCGCGCACACACACUGAGAGGCAAACUUGCCGCAGCCGUAGACGUCGCGGGGUUGGAAAGCGCGCGGGCAGGCGCUCUUGUCACCGCCGGGGCGCUGGGGGGGGGGGAGAAGGAAGGAGCCCCGUCCGAAGAGCGCCGGAGCCUGGCCUCCCUAACUGGGAGUUGUGGGGAGGGAAGUGUGCUCGCCUUGCUAUUUUUCGCCGAAACAAAGCUCCCUCUCCCUCAGAACCCGCCUUCACGCGUUCUUGCCCCUACGGAGACGCACACCGCGUGCUUUGAGUUGCUCCUCGAAGUCAAGUCGCAACUGUAUUAACGGUUUUAAGAAAAAGGAAACAAACUUGCAAGAGGUUUCCGUCUUGCGAAGCAAGCCCAUAGGGAAAAUCGUCUUGCGAAGCAACUCAGAAAUGGAAAACCCUUUCGUCUUGCGAGUUUUCCGUCUUGCGAGGCAUUCGUCUUGCGAGGCACCACUGUAGUAUGAUCUACCCCUAGAGGCUUAUGAAAUCUAAUGAGUUCCUGAAUUCACUGGGGGAUUUUCUGUUUAACAUGUCUGAUGCUCCUGCUGAGGCCCUGGUCUUGCUGUGGAAUGGUGAGGUGGAGAGGAGAGGCAGUUGGCAGGAUUGCUCUUAAACACCUCACACUCCAGAGCCUAAAUUGUGCCUUGGUUUUCUACUGAGCUUUUGAUGUUGAAGUAGAUCAGAAGAGAGCUGGUGCAUAUGUUCUGUAGUGCAGCCUAUCUAACACUAUACGCUGCCAGGCCUAGUUUAAGGUGCUGAUGUUAACAUACAAAGCUCUGCACAACUUGGCUCCUAUGUACUUGAUGCAACAUCUUUACCCAUAUCAGUCAGCCUGGGCUCUGAGAUUGGCUGAAGGAGCCCUUCUUGUCUCAUUGGCGAGUGUUGCUUGCUGUAUGUGGAGGUUACACUGGGCCUUCUUGGUGGUUGUUCCUGACUCUGGGGACUAGUUCUCCCUUGAGGCACAGGUGGCCACAUCCUUGAUGGGCUACUUAGAACGUUCUUGUUCUCCAAGGUUUUGGAAGGAUUUGGUUAAGCUUGCUUUGGGAUUGGCUUUAUUGCUCUGAUGAUCUUAAUUUAUUAUUUUAAUUGUUUUAUGGUUUGUGUAACUUUAGUUAUAUAGGACAGUGUUUGUGAACAUAACAUGUUAAUAAUAAAAUAAAAAAGAGUUGUUACUUAAUAAAUGUCAUGUAAAACGAUUAUUUCAUUGGCACAAUACACUGCCUUGAGUCAGAAAUUCUGUUUCUCCUCAGGUCAAGUAUGAGGUUACAGAAGAUGUAUAUACUUCCCGGAAGAAGCAACAUCAGACCAUGAUGCAUUAUUUCUGUGCAUUAAAUACUCUGCAGUAUAAGAAGAAAAUUGCUAUGUUGGAACCCUUGUUAGGAUACAUGCAAGCUCAGGUGAAUGUCUGUGAAAUGAGAUGUGUACAUAAAAUUAUUUUGGUUAAAUAAUAAGUGUACUUGGGAUUUACGUCUAGGCGUGCUAGUGUUAUAGGAGUGUUUUUGAUGCUUAAAACAAUUUAAAAAUAUUAAAACCUCAAAAAUAAAUAUGCCAGUUGCAUGAAAAUUCAGUACAUGAGGAAAUAGGACUGCCUUGUGCUACCAUUUGCAUUUAGUAUCGACAGAACAAGUCCUUGAGUGUGACGGGUGAGGUGUGGGGAGACUCCCAACAUGCAGAUAAAUUGUGGAGACUGAAUCUGUCUAAGCUUUUUGAGGAGAUAAAGGCAUAUAUAAGCAGAAGUUAGAAAACUGUACAGUCUGUAUAGUUCUUCCUCCUUGUAAUUAGUGGGGAUUAUUCUUUUAGUUAGGAGAAAUUGUGAAUACAGUCUCUUAUAGGGGUUGUGUUUUUCUCGGUUUUCUCUUUACUUAAUCAUAUAGUGUGACUGAUUAUCCUGCUCUGCGUCUGUAGCUAUAUUUUUGUUUCUUUAAAAAUAGAAUCUUAAUUUCCAUUAUACACACCUAAAUAUUAAUUGUUAAAUGAUUUGAUUCUCCUUUCUAAAAGAUAAGCUUCUUUAAGAUGGGCUCAGAAAAUCUUUCUGAACAACUGGAAGAAUUUUUAACAAAUAUUGGGACAAGUGUUCAGGAGUAAGUUAACUUUUUUCUUUUAAAAUGAAUGGUUUAACGUCUUUUUCUUUUUAAAAAAAUACUUAUUACAGUUAAGCUAAAGCAUUUGCCCAAUUUGUUUAGUGUUCGUAGGGAAAUGGACCAUGACGUAGAGACUAUGCAGCAGACUAUAGGAGACUUGGAGGCAGCCAGUGACCCAUUGUACCUGCCAGAUCCUGAUCCUACAAAAUUUCCUGUCCAGCGGCACCUUACUCGGAAAGCUGGUUAUCUUAAUGCAAGAAAGUAAGAAUCAAUUUCCUCUGUCUUUGUAUGAAUUGCAGCAGCCUAAGCUAGUUUGUAGGACCUGAAUUAUUGCUAUGUGCAUUUAAAAAUAGGAGUAUUUCGUAUGUCUUCCAAAUAUUUGAAAUGGUUUAAGUUUCUAAUCUUUCCCCUAACACUGUGUUGAAUAAACUAUUUUGAAAUGACAUACUUACAUUUCAUGGCAAGUGAUGUAGAAAAUUUAAUAGAAGAAUUUGCAAAAAGAACUUUUGAAAUCAAAGUAUUUUUAAAGAACUAUGCUAGAAUGCCAGUAAUGCUUAGAUUACAAAGUUGAAAUGCAAUGCGUAUGCUUUUGUCUUAAUGUGGUAGAGACUUUUUAUGUUCUUUAUUUGCAGUUUUAUAAGCAGCUUCACAGCCAAAAGGUAUUAAAGCAGUGUACAAUAAGAUAAGAUACAAAAGAUUACAGAACUGGAAAACUGAACACCAAUAAAAUCAUUUAUUAUACUUAAUUCAUUAAUAUUCCAUAACAUGACUGGGCCACAGUUCAGGGAAAGCAUUCUUGAACAAAAUAUUUUAAUAGUGCCCUAAAUACCGAGAUGCUAGUGCUUAUCUAAUUUCAGGUAGCUUAUUGCAGAGGGCUGGAGCUGCAACACUAGAAGCCUGGUUUCUAGUACUUACUAAGUGCAUCUCUGAAGCAUGUGGCACACGCAUCAGUGCCCCAUUAAAGGAGUACAGUUGCUGGGCAGGGAAAUAUGGAGUCAGCCAGUCUCCUUGGGACCUGGUCCCAAGUUGAGAACUUUAAAUGCUAAAAGCAAAACCUUGAAUCAACAACCUACCUGCUUCUUACUGUAUCAGCUGCAGCUUCCAGACUAAGCCCAAGGGAACCCCUACAUAGAGUGUAUUGCAUUGUAAUAAUCCAGCACUGAGGCUACCAGUGCCAGAACCACAGUGGCACAGCUAUAUCAGUCCAGGAAUGACCAAAACUGUCUUAUCAACCAGAGCUGAUAAAAGGCACUUGACUGACAAAAUAGCUGCCAUGCACACUCUUGUUAGAUUGGGAAGUGAUGAUAUGAACUUUACACCAGGCCUUGGAUUUGUGAAAGCUCUUCUGUGUGGAGAUGCCUGCCUAUGCUCGCCUCCAGCUAGUAAAAUAUUAAGUUAACCUCUUUUCUUAAUUUUCAGUAAAACGGGGCUGGUGUCUUCCAGCUGGGACAGACAAUUUUACUUCACUCAGGGUGGAAACCUAAUGAGUCAGGCAAGAGGUGAUGUAGCUGGAGGACUUGUUAUGGAUAUAGACAACUGUUCAGUAAUGGCUGUGGAUUGUGAAGACCGAAGAUACUGCUUUCAGAUAACCUCGUUUGAUGGCAAAAAGUUUGUAUUUUGUUUCUUUUGUUUUAACUAAUGUAGCUGUUAGAGAGAAAAUUGAAAGCACUUUGGGUUUUUUGGGGGGGGGAAUUAUUAAAGAGAGAAUGUGUGGGUAGAAGGGAGGGAGGCUUCAUAUUUUGUCCAUCAGAUUGGAGAAAAUGGCAGGCGUGUAAAACUUCUAGUAAAAUCCAAAUUGUUGAUACUAAAUCAGAUCAGUUGAUCAGGACUUGAUAUCAUUCUGUGUGCUGAAAUUUUAAGUAAAUUUUGUAGUCCAAAAAAAUGAGAGGAUGUGCUGUAUUCAAGCUUUACUUGGAGUAGGCUCAUUAAAACAAAUGUUUAUAUUGGGUAUAUUACCAUUUUAGAUUCUUAGUUAAAAUUAUUUUGGUUUAUCUAGCCCUAGAUUAUUUUCUACUGAACUCUUCAUUAUCUGCUGCUUGCCUGCCUGCCACCUCUGUUCUUUUACUGAGAGGACAGUAUUGCACAACCCCAGGCAGGGCCAAAUUCUUGUUAUAACAGACACCUCAAGAUUGCUGACUUUUACCACUCUUGUAUCAGUGAGUGGCUGUCUCAGUUGCUUAGCUCAUGGACGCAGCUGGAUAUGUGCUUUUCACCCCUGGGACUUGGUAAGCCCCAUGGCACAUAGAUAAACUUUCCAAAUGUGAAAAAUACACCUGGAGUGUAUUUUAUCUGGAGUGUUUUAUCUAUAGUUUAGAAAGCAGCAAAGUGUCAAGCCUAUAUUUAGUAAAGAAAUACACUGCCUAAAUAGUAUCAAAAUUCCUUAUAUUAUAUUAUAUUAUAUUAUAUUAUAUUAUAUUAUAAUUUCCCUUGAGAAAUACAUUUAAAUCUGUUCAUUUUUACUUACUUUUCUGCCAGGUCUUCAAUUCUUCAGGCAGAGAGCAGAAAAGAUUAUGAAGAGGUAAGCUGCUGCACAAGAAUGAGUGCUAAAAUUACAGAUUGUCUUGUGGCGCUUCAAAGACUUAAAAGAUGAGCAUCUGACAAAGUUGACUGUACACUGUGAAACACCACCACAGUAAAACCAAUUCAGCGCACCUUAUUAAAGCAGAUAAAAAGAUGGCAUCAUCAAAAGUACCCAGAGAGUCAUAACUGGAAUUCUCACUUCCAGAACCAACCAAAUUCCAAGUAAUUCAAGAAAAGCUUGCACAAUGAGAUUAAUUCUUCACCUUAUUAUUAGACUUAUUCUGUGUACCAUUAUGAACAACUGAAAUGAGUAUUGUCAGUAGGUCAUUGUAAGGAAUUCUUUGUACUUUUGACCAGGUAUGAACAGCUUGCUCAAUAAUUUUUAUUUUAAAAACAGCAUUAUCUGGAAUCUCUAUACUGUUGGUUUCCUGCGACUUUCCACUGUUGCCCCCAUGUGAUCAGAUGAAUCACAUAUUUAAUCUCCCUGAAAAAUUAGCUGCUUCAGAAGUUAAAUAUGAACAUGUAGAGGAAACAAAUUAUAUGGAGAAAAUGGAGUGGAAAAUGUGGAAGAAGAUUUUGCACUAUUUUAAACUUAGUUGCACCUAUUGGCUUUCUUUUUCAGUGGAUAUGUACAAUAAACAACAUCUCCAAACAGAUCUAUCUAAGUGAAAACCCAGAGGUAAUGUGAUUUAUUUCUUCUAAUGUCAGAGUAAAUUUUAUUUAUAAACAUAAAUGAAAAGUUAAAUUUGUGUUUUAAUGAAAUUUCCUAAUCUAGUCUGUGCCGGGAAAUUAAGAGGAGUGUUUUAUAAAUUAGUUGUCGUAUGGAGUAUGAAACUUCAGGUUUAAACCUACAUUUACGAUUUAAAACAACUUACACUGCUCUCCUAAGCAUACUAUGAUUUAGAGCUACUUGCUUGUUUUUGUUUUCCAUUUGUUCAGCUUUUCUGUUUCAGUGUUGUAGCUGCCUCAGAGACACAACUAUAGCUGUAACUUCAAUUUGUCAGUUCAUUCAUUGUGCAAGCCUAGACGCUUCUUCACCAUGAUUUGGAAUAAAGUCUGAAGCUAUAAGUAAACGAAUCCUUGACAUACCAAAGGCUUGCAUGGCAAAAAUGAGUUACUAAAAUUUACCUAUAAUUUUGCACUUGUGUCUUUAGAAAAUGAUACAAAUUGUAUUGUGCAGUAAUUGGAUGGAGAGGGGAAAGUUUCAUGGAGUUUCUCCUUCUCAGCCAUAAUGAAGUCAAAUGUAAUGCUUUGAACUGGAGAGAAUGAAUGGAAUUUGUUAGAGUACUGAUAAUGAGACAGCCUCAAUUAUUCAAGAUUUUACUUGCUCCAUUUUAAAUAUUUUAUACUUUUCCAAGCCAAUAAAUUAAUAAGAUUGGAAGAAACGAAACGCUAUACAGUCUCCCCACCACCACUUACACAUAGUUGACUCGUGUGUGACCAUGCAGCGCUGGCAAAUAAAUAAAUAAUUUAAUUCAAACCUGGAAAUGGUGGGAGAGAGCUGGAGAGUCUUUGUGCCUUGCAAGGAGACUCUCCCCGGAGCCCAAAGAGGAUGCCAGUGAGGAAGCCCCAAAGAGACUGGAGGCACAGUGGGGGCUUUGUUUAAGCUGCUCAGCCUCCCCAACUAACAGCGGAUGUGUGCAGUAGUGCAGCAGCAGCAGCAGCAGCCACUUUUUUGCGCAUCCUCCAGGUUCCAGCCGGUCUCAGUGUUGGAAACAGUAUUGUUGGUGUGGACUGGAGAAAAAGUGGCAGAGAGGGCAUUUAGAGGGUGCUCCCCACUUAAUGCAAUUUUCGCUUAUUCACACAGCAGCUUGGAACAUAACACCUGUAUAAGUAGGGAGGGGGGUGCCUGUAUCUAUCAGCUUCAUCAUCAGUAUGUGAUAAAUACACCUCUGCUAUCAUUUAGAUGUUUAUAAAUUGCAUUUUCACUAUAAAGAUCACUCUGUAUUUGGGAAAGAAAUAUGCAAAGCAGCUCUGAGAUGUGAAUUCUUUUCUUGUACAGUAAGGCUCUUUAUUCUAGAAAUAUGCCAUUUGCACCCUUAUGUGUCUACUGCAUUUGCCAAAAUGCUUACAAUGGAGCAGGGUAAAGAUUUAAACAUAAUUAUUUAUAAAAAUGAUUUUUGAGAGGGUAAAAUACAGUUGGCACACAGCUUCUAUAUGACUGUCAGUGAGAAGUGUAUAUUCAAAUUUAACUGAAAGGAAACUCCUUUUUUUGUCGCCCUCCCUGCAAACAUAGGAAAUUGCUGCACGUGUAAAUCAGUCGGCUUUAGAAGCUGUUACCCCCUCUCCUUCCUUCCAGCAGAGACAUGAGAGCAUGAGACCAGCUGUGUAAGUUGUAAAACAGCAGACUGUUUAAAGAUUAUGUUCAGUCAAACCUGGUUAUUUCUCCAGGAGCCAGUGAAGUUUGGUUAUUUGGGGUUGUUUUAAAAUAUCACUGAAGGUUACUUAAAGCUUGCAAUGAUUUGCCAUGCAUUUCCUCUCAAAGUUAGCUUUGUAAAAACAUUUCAUUGAUGGUCUCUUAUUGCAGAAGUGGCUCCCAUUGGUUUAGGGAGAGCUUGUUGAUAAUCUAAAUUCUUUGAUUUGUCUGAGUAUCAAUUUGGAUUUGUGAAGUUUGUUGGCUCUUUCUAAAACUGUCCUGUUUGGGAUGUUCUUCUCCUUCUGCUUUGUAUUUCUCUUUUAGCAAGUCUGGAAGUUAGGCUAAGACAGAGUGUCAAGUAAUUUUCCAUGCAAGCUGUAUCUAACAAUUUAGUCAUUUCACUAUUGCUUCUUUGCUCAUAGGGUUUGAUGCUUCCAAUUGCCCUAUUAUGUGUUUCUGAUGUAUUAGUAGGUACUAUUUGGGAGAAUGGUAUGUGGGAUAACUCUCAUAAUAUUGAGUUCCAGCUGCAGUUAAUAUUUAAUUUCUUAAAAAAGCAAGCUUGGGCACUAAUUCUUAAGUUACAGAGAUAUUGCAGAGAACAAUAGGAAUGGGAACAUUUGGAGAGAAGUAUAAAGUUCCUUGUCUUUAAGCAGAGCUAAUGGAAGGGAGCUGCAGUCCUGUCUUUAUACUUCUCUUACAGCUUGAUGGAAUGGAUGCUGUAGGUAUGUCACUUUAAUAGCCUGUUUGACCUGGACAUGAUCUGAGGAAUUAUCACAUUAUCUUAUUUAGGCCCUUGCUUAUUAUUCUUCAUGACCAUUCUGUUAAAGUUUCUGAAUUGAUGGUGAGGGUAACUGUUAGAUAGGCUUUGAGCUGUCUUCAGACAUCGUUGGACACCCAGUUCCCAUCAGCCUUAGAUCAGUCUUAGCCAGCAUGGCCUAUGGGCAGAGAUGAAGGGAAUUAUAGUCCAGCAUCUGGAGGGCACUGCAUUGGCAAUCCUGAUUUAGGGUGUUUCCGUGAUCCUGAGUUUCAGGUGGUUUAUUUAAAACCAUUAUACUGACUUGAAGUGGGAUGACUGGCAGGUAGUUUCAGAUUGGUAAGUGGGAAGGAAGUAAGUGAUUAUUGAUGAUGACAAUGAUGAUGACUAGGGAUUUCCUCAGAAUCCACUGAAACAUAAAAUAUUGUAUAGCUUGAGACAAUUCCUUCUGUUCUUGUUUUUUUUAGACAGGCUCGUCCUCCCACGACUCGUACUAGCAGCACUGGGUCUUUGGGAUCUGAUUCAGCAUCUCUAUCAGCUCUUUCCUUGGACUCUCUUGUUGCACCUGAUACUCCUAUACAAUUUGACAUUAUUUCUCCAGUAAGCGAAGAUCAACCUGGCCAAGCAAAAUCCUCAGGGCAGGCAGGCAGGUAAGAUAAGAGCAACAAAAGAUGUACAAGUGCCAAAACACAACUGAAGCACAUGCUGCUGAUUUAAAAUAUAUAAUGCCUUCCACUGAUGUAUCUGAGCCUAUGUAGACUAAUGCUCACAAUUCUUUACAGUAUUUGAUAAUUUAUGUGCCACUCAAAAGUGAUUUACAGAAGAUAAAAUACAUAUUACAGCAAUUUAAAAUGGGGAAACCAAAUUGCAGACAAUAAGGGAGACGUGUCCAGUGUGGGACAGCUUGCUGUCUCCCACCAUGGCUGUAUGCUUUCAGUCUACCAUCAGCUACUUUCAUCAGCUUUAACUUUGUUUAGUCCUGAAUAGGGCUUGCUUUUAAUUAAGUUUUAAGUUUAAGGGCUUGAAGCAAAUAUCAAAUCUUUGGUUAAGAGUGAAACCAGAAUAGCAUGCAGCCACUAUUAAGGUGUAUGCUGACAUGGCCAUUACCUGUUUAGAACUCUGUGAGGAAUGCAUGCAGGUAAGGGCAGGGGGCUGGCUUCUGAAAGUGUCUGGUUCCACAGCCUCUGGCUCAGUCCUUUAAGGGCUAGGAUUGCCAGAUCUGCAAGGGGCCCCCCAUGUAAGAGAAGAGCUGCAAAAUCAAAAUAAUGCACAAAUUGAAAAGCGUGUGCUUGAACCUCUAUGUGCAAUGUCUUAAUUCUUGCAGCAGACUUCUUUCAUCCUUCUGAGGAAACUUUAAGCUGUUUGGUUUUUUUUUAAAAAAAAAACCACACCCCAAAAAUCAUGUUUUCCUUUCCUACUGCUUGCUUGCCCCAGCACUUUGGGCAUUUCCUCUUGGAAACUCAAGAGAAAUGUGGUAGCCCUGCCUCCAGGUGGUGAUGGCAGACUGAUGACUGUCAUUCUAAGCUUAAAAAGGUUAGUGAAAAUUAUCUAGGCUUCUAGGGUCACAUCUCCUAGGAAGAUAAAUUUUGACAGUUUUUAAAGAUACGUUUUUCUUACCUAUCCCCAAUAAUUUUAUUUUAAAUAUGAAUAUGUUAAGAUUUGCUUUUUAUCAGUUAAGUAACUUAUGCUUUUACAUAUAUGAAAAACGAAGCAGCAGUCAGUACCUACAGUAAAUCUACAAGGCUCCAAUAAAUGCAGUUUUGUAACAUGAAGACUAGUCUUAAUGGAGAAUGAGGAAAGUGAUAGAGAAGCUUUAAAGCUAAAACAGGAACAGGCAGUAUCUGACUCAAUAUACUGCAUGUCUUUGUCUUAUGGCUCUGCAAAUGUGCUAGGACUCUUUUACUCUGUACAGAAAUUACAGCAUGAGGAGAACCACUGCUUUCUACUUUAUGUGGUGCCUUAGGCACCCUCGUGAUAGAUAAUGGGACAGCCAGGUGCUGACUGAGACAGUUAUGACUUGGAUUGAUGCAUGGGAUUUUUGUGUAAAGGAAUGAGUGAAUUUCAGUUACCACUAAGAAAAGUUCAAAACAGGUAGAGAAUUGACUCAAAGAGAACUGUUGGCAGAAGAAGUGUGAGUUCAUAUUUAAUACUUGAAAUAAAAUGAUACAAAGUUCCCAAGAACUCAUUUGAACACCACUACCAAGGUGCAAUGACAGUAAUGAAGCUCAGUUUCUUGAGCUUUGGUCUGAUGGAGACACAAGCUAUUUUUGGUGAAAAGUCGAGAGCUGAGUGAUCAUUGCUAAACUGACUGAAUUUCUUAAACUAUGCUGAAAAUGUCUCAGACUUCAAUUAGUUCUGACCCCAAAGCUGAAGGUCAGUAUUCCGAUACAUUUAGUUGUGUUGAGCAGAUGCAUUCUGGUUGUAAUUCUGAAUGGCACUUGGAAACUCCAGUCAGAAAAUUCAGUCUAGUAGUUCCUAUCCAUGAAAAGACAGCAGUUUUAAAAGUUUCCUGAGAAACUGCUAUAAAUAAAUUGGCAUCACAAUUUAACUGAGAUAACCAAUAAUUUGCUGCUUAUUUGUUUAAGGGGCUUCUGUUUAAAAUUAACAUAGCGAAAGUUGCUCUUUUUCUCUUUUUUUCUACUAUUGUGAAAACAUAAGCUCUGAAUGUAUUAUGCAAUUGGGUGGUAUUCAGCUAAGUUUUACUUAGAAUAGACCCACUGAAAUUAAUGAAUAUGACUAAGUUGGGCCUAUUAAUUUCAGUAAAUUUAAUCUGAGUAAAACUUAGUUCAAUACCACCCACUAUAUUCAAAAGUAUUAUUAACAAAAUAAGACCCAAUUUUUAAGUUUUGUUAAAGUUUUCAUAUGCCUGUGAUACACACUAGAAGCCUAGAGAAUUUUCACAAGUAUAAUUCUACAAUUAAUGAUACGUCUGCUGAUAGUCAUGUGUAGCCCAUGUUUCUUUUAACACUAAAUCCAAUUAAUGCUUUCAGAAAGCUGUAUUUUAAAUGGUAGUUGUUUAUAACCGAAUAGUAUAACAAAUAAAUGGGAUGGUAUGCAUUCUUGACUGGAGAAGAUGGCUUUUUGCUCUGUUUGCAACUUGCAAUCUUGCAUUGUAUUUUUCAAGUGAAAGAAAAUUAGCUAACUUAUCAGACUAGAAUUGAGGUACAUAAAAGUUUCUCAUGGGUUGCUUUUGAUCUUCUAGCUAAAACAUUGGGAUGGUACUCCAAGCUACUGAUCUUUUCACUUGAUUUUUACUGAAGUGCAGCAGUUCUUCAGUAGAAUAGAUCUUCAAAAAUUUUGUGUUGUGAAACCCAUUGCUGCAUGUAUCAUCACAUAAUCUUAAAAUCUUGAUCUUUGCUUUGCUAUAAUACAGAAUUAGAUUAUUGGGAUUCAGUGUGCAAGAAUCACUUUAUUAUUAUUUAUUAUUAACAGACGAACAAAUCCAUUUGGAGAAUCUGGAGGAACCAAAUCAGAAACAGAAGGUAGAGCAAAACUGUACUUAAAUUGAAGAUGUAUUUAAUUAUAAUCUCUGUAGCCCCCUCCUCCUUCUUCUAAACGUGUUGAUGAAAAGUGUUGGCAAACACUUUUGCAGUUGAGCCUGAACAGAAUUAAACAGUUCCUAGUUGGAGUUUUAAUAAUUUUCAUAGCUAAUGCCUCCUAGUAGGGAAGUGGGGUAGGCUUUGAGACUAGAAAUUCCUGUCUUUCUCCCAGUGUUCCUGUCCAUUUCACACCUUGUUCAUCCUGAGGAGAAAAUAACUGAAAACUGGCCAUCCUGUUUGCUUGACAAAAGGGUGAAAGACUUUUGAUGGUGAGCGAUUAACUGAACCAUCUCUUUGUCUGCCUCCUGUACCAUUAGCUUGAAGGCAUCCAUUCAGGAGUUUGGAUAGACUUUGCUAGCAGCUUGAUUUGCAAGGUAUGAAGUAUUUCCUGAGAUGAGGCCAGCAUCAGGCUUGUACCCAAGGUCAAGCAAGGUUCAAGAUGGAGAAUCUCAUGUCGUGUUUAACCUAUGUCAAUCUUGUACUUAUGCCAUGAUCUACAGAGAUAAACAAUAUAUUAAGUUCAGAUUUGCAUACUCCUGUCUUCAUCUCCAAAGGCAAGGAAGCACAGCUUUCAUUUGACAGCACCUUUUCUUGUCCUUAGAUUGGGGAACGCUUAAAUUUGCUAUAUCCUUUUAAAGUAAUUGAAAUUGAAUUAAAUGUAUGAAAAUUGGGGCAGUGUAUUGUUAUUCUGUUAGGCCAAGGCCACCGGUUUUCUAGAAAGCCCAGACGUUGUUCAUAUCAUUUUGUUUAAUAUGUGCUUGCUCCAGAUUCUAUCCUACAUCAGUUAUUUAUUGUAAGAUUCCUUGGAUCCAUGGAGGUGAAGUCGGAUGAAAGUCCUGAUGUUGUUUAUGAAACAAUGCGCCAAAUACUAGCAGCUCGAGCUAUACACAACAUUUUCAGAAUGACAGAAUCACAUUUGUUGGUCACAUGUGAUUGUUUAAAGUAAGUAUUCUCAUUCCAAACCAGCACAUUUGUCAGUGUUUAAUUACAGUUCUCUUUUUCUUUGUAUCAUAACUUAUAGUUUCUUAAAUUAACACUUUUAGGUUAAUUGACCCUCAGACGCAAGUUACAAGACUCAGGGUGAGUUGCUAAAAUCAAAGCAGUUAUAGAAACAUGCUUCAUGAUACAUCAGUACACUGUCUGUUUUCUGUCAAUUAUAAGUUGCACCCAAGCUUACUUUCCAUUUACUAUGUGUACUUUUACCACAACUUAACAGGUUCAGGUUCCACAUAUUUAUCAUAUAACAUCCAUUCAGUAGUAUCACAUUUACACCAGCAUUUGUAACUUGUAACACUUUUAAGUUAUAACAGCAGCCUCCAGAUGUUGCUGAACUACAACUGCCAUCUGGCCCAGCAACUAACAUUAAAUAUGUUUAUCUGGUAUUCAAUGAGCUUUAAAGUUCUCUCAUUUUUUUCUUAACAGUUUCCGUUGCCAAAUGUAGUUCUGUAUGCCACACACCAGGAAAACAAACGGCUUUUUGGAUUUGUGCUUCGGACUUCAGCAGGGAGAGCAGACAGUAGACCAACUUCAGUCUGCUAUAUAUUCGAAUCAAAUAAUGAAGGGGAAAAGGUAUUUAUCAUGCUCCAGCUAAAGUUCUCCAAUAUGCUGAACUAUUCUUUACUUGCAGCAAUGUGAUUUAAUUAUAUUUAAAGAUGGUCACAGUUGAUCAUGUUUACUGACUGUGUGUUCCUUUUCCCCCUCCCAUUUAGAUUUGUGACUCUGUGGGUCUUGCAAAACAGAUUGCAUUUCAUGCUGAAUUGGUAAGACUUUCAUUUGAUGUAAAAUAUGUAUGCAUUCUGUUGGCACCGCAGAAUUAAUGAGCUGAAAGGAACUUGAAGGCAAUCAGUUUAGGCAUCUUCAAUAACACAAUAUAUUUUGCCUAUUAACCAUUUCUAGCAUGUUCUGUUAACCAGUUUCUUCUUAAAUGUACUAUGACCAGUGCUAUGGGCUUGCAUUUCUUCCAGUGCUUUUUCCCCCUGGAGAAACAUUUCUGUUUCAUAAGUUCUUUAUGGAUGCCAAUUGGAAAUAUAUUAAGCAAGCUUGGCAGUUUGAAAGUUUUUUAGUUUUGUUUAGCCAGUGUGGUGUAGUGGUUAAGAGUGGUAGUCUCGUAAUCUGGUGAACCGGGUUCGCGUCUCCUCUCCUCCAUAUGCAGCUGCUGGGUGACCUUGGGCUAGUCACAUUUCUUUGAAGUCUCUCAGCCCCACUCACCUCACAGAGUGUUUGUUGUGGGGGAGGAAGGGAAAGGAGAAUGUUAGCCGCUUUGAGACUCCUUAAAGGGAGUGAAAGGCGGGAUAUCAAAUCCAAACUCUUCUUCUUCUUCUUCGUUGUUGUUUAGUCGUUUAGUCGUGUCCGACAAGUAAAAUAAAGAUGCUGAAGUAGAUCACUCCUUAGGCCAUCAGAAACUUUUCUGAUGCAAGCUGCAAAUUAUUCUAUGAUUUCUUUUUUAAUUCCAAUUUUAACUUUUUUUGAACAUCCAUAUACUGACUUUUACAGAGAUACCUGUAAGCAAACACUUUAGUAAAGCAAUUCAGAUCUGCAUUGCAUUUGGCAUGAGUUGCUAGCUAUAAGGAGUUGGAGAAGAAAAACCGUAUUAACUUCAAAGCAAAAUUAGAAGUGUCCUUUGGGACUCCUCAUUUAACCACCUUGAGCUAGAGAACAGGAAUGUAUUUACAGCAGGGGUGGCCAGCUCCCAAGAGACUGCAAUCUACUUACAGAAUUAAAAACUGGCAGUGAUCUACCCCUGUUUUUGGGGGUUUCAGGUCAAAGUUGUUGACUUUUUUUUUAGAGAGUGGGAAAGCCACGAUUUUUAGGGGUACAAGCCAAGGUUGUUGAGCUUUAGGGAGGAAGAAAGCCUCAUUUUUAUGGGUUUUGGGAGAAAAAGAGGAACAGCCACUCACCAGCAGAUCUUGGGGGGGGGGGGGGAGAACAGCCUGCCUCACUGAGUAAACUCCGUCUUCCCUUCUGCAGAUCGUGCAACAAUGGAGGGCGGGGUGAGGGGCCGGAGCCAAAUUCUAUUUUACCAAUGCUAAGAAAAGGGACCCAGCCAUUGACCGCGAUCUACCAAAACCUCCACAGUCGAUCAUGAUUGACCUGUUGGACAUCUCUGAUUUACAGGAACAGAGUUCCUUAAGCCUUUAAAGGCCAUUGUCUCAAAUUAAGGACUAGACAUGCUGCCUGAAACCACUUUUCCAGGUUUUUGGGCUUUAUAAAUCCCUACCCAUUGCCCUUCUUUUGAGAACAUGCUUCAUGACUAUCUGCCACUAAAGUAUUAUUAACUCAUGGCAUGUGGUCACUAUGAAAUCAUGCUGAGUUUUAGUUUAAAAAAGCAACAAAAAACUUGCAGCAUUGCAAAGUAGACAGGAAAUUCCUUUUCAAACUAGUAUUUGUUAGUGUUGCCAACAGUGUUCAGUCUAGAAAUUAUUUGGUCUGGUAGUUUAUUGCCUUUCUGCUGUAAUCUGAUGGUGCAGAAGAAUCAUGCAGAAUCAUGCAGGCAGUUCCUCUAUUUUGAAGAGCAGCAGCAGAUAUUUAUUAAAAAUAUUUGCUACAUACAUCAAUUCUCUGAAGUGAAACUUUCCAUGGAACAUACUAUAUAACAUACUAAUGCAAUUUUUCAUCAAGUAUUUAUGAUGUAGUAAAUUACUUUAACAAUUAUUAAGGUUCUGUGCCUUUUUUAAUUUUUCAGGAUCGCAGAACAUCAGAAAAGCAGAAAGAAAUGGAUAGAGUGAAAGAGAAACAACAAAAAGAACUCAGUAAACAGAAACAAAUAGAAAAGGUAUCUUGUUUGCCAAAAUUUUACCUGGAAAAGAACUUGUAUGCAAGAAAACAGAUUUGUUCUAAUGACUAAAUUACAAUGCAAAUUUAGCUUUAGAAUUUGCAAGAGCCUGGGCUUUCAGAGGAGAUGAAAGUGCUAAGAAAGUGGAUAGAUUUUUCUCCCUGUUCACACUGGAGUUUGUAUUCACCUAAUGAAGUUAAUGGCAGUACUACUUCACAUAACACAUAAUGAAGGUUUAGUGUUCACUGUCAGAAAAUAUGCUGAUAACCACAGACUUGGAUGGCUUUAAAAGUGAACUGGGUGAAUUCAUUGAGAAGCAUUGAAAACUAGUUACUGGAGAAUAGGCAAGCAGUGGGGGAGGCUGGUUGUCUUCAUGCCCUGGAGUCUUCCAAGAAUUGUCCAGUUUUAUAACUUGUGGUUUGGUGGCCAUAGUAAAAUUCCUGCUAGUCUUUUAUGGUUGAAAAUCAUUGCACUGUUCAUAUGCCUAUUAUAUAUAAGAACAUUAAGAAUAGCCCUAGACCAAAGGCCUAUCCUAUCCCACAGUGUCUGGCCAGAUACCUCUGGGAAGCCCACAAACUAGACAUGAUGGCAAUAGCCCUCUUCAUUGUUUCCCUGCAGCUGGUAUUCAGAGACAUGGUGAGAAAUUUGUCACACCCUUCUGAUUUUGGCUUGCCAGACAGAACAUUCCGCACUCUCCUCCCCCUAUAAAGUUUCCUAGUAGUUCUCCUGACACUCCGGAGUGGAUUUGAGGGAGGCACAGUGAAAGGAGGCAGGGAAAGCUCUUGAGGGAGCCCUGGCAGUGGCUUCUGCUAAUGCUUAAGAUCCCUUGAAUCUGGGCCAUGGUGUCACUGAUCCUGGAGGUAGUAUGCAGCCAUCAUGACUAGCAGCCACUGAUAGCCUUAUAUUCCAUAAAUUUGACCAAUCUCCUUUUAAAAUAAUCCAAGUUGGUGGCUACUGCAUAUCAUGUGGUAGCAAAUUCCAUAGUUUUAGCUGUGCAUUGUGUAAAGAAGUGCUUCCUGAAUCUUUCACUAUUCAGCUUCAUUGGAUAACAAUUUUUGAUUCUAAUAUAAUCACUUUGCAUAAUUUUAUAAAACCGUAUUGUAUCUUCCCUUACUUCCCUUGUUCACCUUUUUUCUAAAACAAAAAUCUUACAUUGUUGUAAACUUCCUUUGUAGGCUACCCUUUCUGCACCUUUUCCAGCUCUGUAAUACCUUUUGGGGGAUGUGGUGAUCAAAAUCUACACUGGUAUUCCAAGUGUUUCAACAGCAUAAAUCUGUAUAAAUGCAAUUACAAUGGAAAGUCCCAUUUAAAACUGAAUGCUUUCUUUCAGGAUUUGGAAGAGCAAAGCCGGCUAAUAGCUGCUUCUAGUAGAUCCAACCAGAGCUCUGGGGAGGGACAGUUUGUAGUCCUUAGCAGUAGUCAGUCGGAAGACAGUGAUUUGGGAGAAGAAGGAAAGAAGAAACGAGAAUCUGAAGCAUGAAGUGACUCUGGUGCACAAGUCUUCGGACCUGUUGUCUGACAUGGAAAGUCAGAGAAACAAAGGUGGUGGGUUUGCUUUAUUAGAUGAAACUCCAUUGUGCUUUGAUUUUUCUUAAACAGCCAGCUUAAUGUGAAUAUGGACUUUCUUCCAUAUCAUAAGGUACCAGGGUGAAACUUAGCAGAAGUAUACAUGGCUAUAUAUGGAUCUUUUUUUCUUCUUCACUUGCCUUGCUGUGCAGAUAAUUUCAUGAGGAAAAAAUUGGUAUAAGGUAAGCAAAUAGACAAAAGCUUUUGUCUUCACUUUCAACCUUCAUUGGAUAACCAUUUAGUGUAUUGUGGCGAAAACAGAGUCCUUUGACUCUUUUAAAGACUUAACAAAUUUAAUAUUAUGAAGUGGAGCGUAGUCCUGCGAAGGGCUCUGCUAUAAUAAAUUUGUUAGUCCUUAUUUUUUCAAAGUUCAUUUUGAUUCCCAAAGAUUACUGAGAACAGAAACAGAGUGCUUGCUUGUAGUUUAAACAUGUCUGAAAAUGAAUUGCCAGCAGAGAAAAGUUCAGGAAAACUGGUAAUGCUGCAAUGCUAUUUUUACUUGAGAAUGUACUUGGUGGUACUGCCCUUGGCUAUUCUGCAUUAUACUUCAGAGCACUUUGGUGUGGAGGGUGUCAGAGACAUUAAAGCACAUAUUAGAAGUUAGGCUGCAAUUGCAGUAUGUGUUUUGGUAAUGUACGAAUAUGUUUUGUAACAAAUACAAAUAGAUGAGAAGAACAAUUUGUAUGGAGACAUUGCCAACUAUUAUUUCAGAUAAAACUGAUUCUGUGAUCCAUGCCCAUAUUUGCACAAUUUCUCUAAAUACCAUUUAGCAAGACUUUAGCUGGCCACAUGACCCAGAAGCUGUACGCCUGCUCCCUCGGCCAAUAAAGCGAAAUGAGCGCCGCAACCCCAGAGUCGGCCACGACUGGACCUAAUGGUCAGGGGUACCUUUACCUUUACUGAAAACAGUUCCACAUACAGCAUAAGUGCAUUUACAGUAAACCUGCUGAAUCACUGAGGAAAAUUAUGCUGACCCUCUUCUUUUUGAUCAUUUUUAAUUGCAAGUGCAUGACAAGUUUAGUUAUAUCAAACAUGCAUUGGCCUUUUUCUCCAGUAAAGUAAUACUAUUAAUACAAAACAGUGCAUCUGUUUUUACAAUAGUCAGAUCCUUUAGUUUAUGCAAAAAGAACAAUUGGUCUUACCUGAAGAGCAGACUUGAUAAGGUAAUAUUCAAGUCAUCAGCAACCUAUCAUGUGAUGGAGGCAGGAGGGCAAAGAACCCUGGGAGGCAGGUGCGCUCAUUCCUCAGUUUUAUGGGAUUCGCCGAAUUCCAACAGGCAUUGAACUUACAGUAGGAAUGAAAAUUCUCUACAUCUGCCUGCCUCUCUCCUGGCUCAAUAUGUAAACUUUAAAUAAACAUACGUUGAAAACAAUGCAGCAACUAACCAAAUUAUCAGUAUCACUACAGUCUAUACCAGGGAGAGGUCCCAUUCAUGUCAUCAGUAGCCUAUCAAAUCUACUCUUCAGAUAAGACCAAUUGUUCUGUUUGAUUCAAUUGCUGAUGCCAUGAAUGGGAUGAACGUAUCACAGCUUUCCCAGUUAGGGCGGGUCCCAACUGCAGUUACAGUGACUAAGGCACCUGUUGGACUGCGUGCCCAAAGAUAGCGUCAGACAGGUCCAUUUUGUAAUGCCUGGUGAAUAUACUUAGUGAGGACCAAGUAGCUGCUUUACAGAUCUUUAAUAAAGGAGCAUUAACUAUAAACGCAGCUGAAGUUGCUGCUGAUCUAGUGCAGGGGUCAGCAAACUUUUUCAGCAGGGGGCCGGUCCACUGUCCCUCAGACCUUGUGCGGGGGCCGGACUAUAUUUUGGAAAAGAAGAAAAAAAAAAGAACAAACACCAGGCAGGCCCCACAAAUAACCCAGAGAUGCAUCUUAAAUAAAAGGACACAUCUACUCAUGUAAAAACACCCUGACUGCAGGCCAGAUUUAGAAGGCGAUUGGGCUGCAUCCGGCCCCCAGGCCUAAGUUUGCCUACCCAUGAUCUAGUGGAAUGAGCCAAUAUGUGCAACGGCAGAGGCAACUUGAGUGACUCGUACACUAGAGGUAUGCAAGCCCUGCUCCGCCUUGCAAGGGUGGAAGGAGCAACCUUUAUACCCAUAGUUGAAAGGAUAUGAACAAGGAGUCAGUGAUUCUAAUGUCCUUUCAGUAUACACCUUCAGUGUAAGGCAAACAUCAAAGUUGUGCCACGCUUUCUCUCUCAGAUGUUUUGGAUCUGGACAAAAGAUAGGUAGCACCAAUUCUUGCUGGACAUUAAAGUGGGAAAGGACCUUCUGUACAAAGGAUCUGUUAGAACCCUUUUGUCUUUGUGAAAGAUGCACAGAUGUUUAGCUACCAGUAAUACAGACAACUCAGACACUCAACAUGCAGACAUAAUGGCCACAGGGAAGAGAACCUUAAAGGAUGGAUGCUUUACAGAUACCUUGCACAAAGUUUCAAACGGUGGUUUCUGCAGUGCUGCCAGCACCAUACGCAAACUCCAAGAAGGAAAACAGUGUGCUACUAAUGGAUUUUGCAGAAAUGCCCCCCUCAAAAAGCGUUUAACUAAUGAGUUUUGCAAAUUUGUGAAAUGGGGGCACGACCUGUAGUGCACAAAACUGAAGGUAUUGCGGAAACUUGCCUUUUUAAAGCAUUUGGUUUCAAACCAUUUUGUAGCCCAUGCAUUGAAAGUGUAACAUAGUUCACAUAGAGCUUCAGUUCCGGAAAUGUCCAGAACUGAAACUCUUAUGUGGACACAGCUUCACUGUAGAAACACCAAGUUGAUAAAUUGGUCCAGGUUGCCUGAUAUAUCCACACAGUGGAAGGUCUGCAUGAGGCCAAAAUGGUGAAGAUGACAGCUGUAUCCAACCCUUGAUGUUUCAGACAGCUGCGUUCAAAUGUCAUGCAGUCAAACAUAGCCACUAUGGAUUUGGAUGGAACAAGGGUCCUUGCAGCAGUAGGUAGGACACCACCAGAAGAUGGCAAGGUGUUGAGAUGGCUAGCCCUUGGAGCUCCAACUUCCAAGGCCUGCAGGGCCAGAAAGGGGCCACCAGGAUGAUCUCUUUCUAUCAUGAUCUUUUGGAGAACACGUUGCAAAAUUGACUGCAGGGAAAAGGUAUAUAGGAGACGUUUUGGUCAAGGUACCAUCAAGGCAUCCCAUGCUUCCGCUUGACGGUCUUUGAACCUGGAAAAAUAACACGAAACUUUAUUGCAAACAGAUCCACUUGACAUGGACCUAGAUACUCCUGAAUCAGGUGGAAGACUUGCCUGUUGAGCAUCCACUCCCCCAGAUCGAGAAGGGAGCGACUCAGCCAAUCUGCCUGUAAAGUGCUGUCCCCUGCAAGACUAAGGGUGUUCCUCUCCCCCUCCCCCAGUUGAAGAGGAGCAAUGAUUCUUUUUGCAGAGAAAUCGAUCUUGUCCCACCCUGCCUGCAAAUGUGUGAUUUUGUGGUGGAAUUGUCUGUGUGCAGCAGCACAUGGUUGAUGUGCAAAAUGAAACAUCACCAACCUGGUAGCUCUUAGCUCCAACCAAUUUAUCGAGUGCUUCUGAUUUUGUGGUGACCAGCACUUCUGUGCAAAGUGACCUUGAUAAUGAGCUCCCCAACCCUGAAAACUGGCAUCUGUGAUGAUCACAAUUCUCCGGAUCAUGAAUGGGAAUUCCGUUCUGUAUAUUGGAUUCUGCCGCCCACCAUCUCAUUGGCAGCCUGACCAGUGGAGGUAACUUGAGCACAUUGAUGAGGAAGCAGAAACCAUUGUAGGCGAUGGGCGUGAUCUGAGAAGCUGAUAUACAGAGGCUCAGGAUUAUCGACAGAUGCUUGAUAUCAAUUUCCUUGGUAGAUUUCAGCAGAGAUGCUGCUGCUCUGAUCUUGUUGGUGCACUCUGGAGACAGAGCCACCAAACCUUUGACUGUGUCCAGCUUGGCUUCCAGAUGGAUAAGCUGCUGUGAUGGCUCAAGGCAGCUCUUCUCCUUGUUUAUCAGGAAACCAUGGGAUUGAAGGGCCAACAUCAUCGCUUGCAGAUGCUCCCUGAGCUCCUUGCAGGGUUGUCAAGACAUUUCCAGAACCGAUUUCCUUGACGUUUUCUACACGCCACACUCUCCAGUUCACACUGGCUGUCGAUACAAUGCACAUAAUCAAGGCAAAGAUACCAGUCAGAAAUGCACAUAACUGGAGGCAAGAAACUAAGGACACCCAUCUCACCACCAGAGAUCCUUCUCUCGCCCGCAGGUGGGGUUUGGAGAUGAGAUGUCCCAGGUAGACAAUGGCAGGCAUUGGUCUUCAUGCAGAUACAGUUCCGUGCAGGGGUUUUGUCAACAAGAUCUUCCAGAGUGUGGUGAUGUUUUCAGGGGCUGUUUACUUUCCCUCCCUCCCCGUUUCACCCUCACCUGAGGAGAUCUUGGCCAUUCUCUUGACAGUGACCUCAGUUCUUAGGCCUGAUUUCUGUUUUCCUUCAUUCCUCCUCCUCCUGGUCUGGUUCAGAUUGAUAUGGUCCAUGUAAUAAACACCAAUCUGUUGAUCAUAAACAGUUUCCCAUCCUAAAGGCAGUUCAUCGCCAACACAGUCAGCAAAUGUCAAUUGCUUUGUAAUCCACAUCAUCUGUCAGUGUCUUGAUGUGCAAGUGAAACUUCGGCUUUUUAGUGCUGCUGCCUCCGCCUGCCUCCCAGCCGGGCCUGUUUCCGUCACCACGGAGCAGCUUGCUUCCUCCUUGGCCCUUCCCUCGAGGCCCGCCCCCAGCUCCCUGGCUGGCGCUUGGCUGCUCCUGAGGCGCUCGCCGCUGAGUGGGAAAUGCUCUCCUGCCUCUGUCACAUGACGAGAUAAUACCCAACCCAUUCAUGGCAUCGGCAACCAACUCAAAUUGUGAGUAGAUAACAUAAAGAAAUCAAUUUCAAUCUGUUGAUUCACCACUUUCUCAUGUGGUCUGACUUUUAUCUAAAUCACUUCUUAAAAGAAAUCAACAAAAUAUAUUUAGUAACUUUUUAGAAACAAGGUGAGAGAAGAAACCAAUGUUCUUCCCAAGCGUUGCAAAAUCUAUGCAUCGCUUCUUUCAACCCCAGCAGGUUUUCAGAUACUAAGAACACCUAACUUUGGGGAAAAGUAAACCCAAAGGAGAAUUUCGUUCUUCUGUAGCACAAGAAAAUGCAGCAGCCAAUAUUCAGGACCUUUCAGAAUACGCCAGACCUUUUCCACCCUUCUCCAGAGAGCUGGGGAGGGGAAAUUCAUUUUGGCCUUUAUAACACUUCAUUGUAAUGCGUGUUAAGAUGCUUUUUCAUACACAUUGGGGGUGUUUCUGUUCUAAGCUAUCUGAAGGAGAGGGAUAUCACUCCAGUAAACCGAAUGGACUGCAGGAACCCAUUGAGCAGUAGUGCCAUCUUCUGUCUCCCUUAGAAUAAGAUUGAGGGAAUGCCACCAAAAUAGUUCGUAGUUGUCUUCAUUGUAAGGUAGACUAAUUUUAAUUAAGUCUUCAUAUUUUUGGGCAGCUCAGUUGGCAAAUCUAUAUUAAAUUAUACCACUUUUUUGAGCCCUUAAAGCCAUAUUUAACAGUGCUCCCAGAGAAUAUAAAAUUUGAUAUAGCCAGUUCACUUCAUCUGACAGAUGAGUUGCUUUGUUCUCAUGUUUCAAGCUAACCUCUAGCAGUUUUCACCUGCAAUUUGGAUAUGUAUAUGUGUGUGUAUACAUGUAUGUUAAAUCACUGUAUUAUAAUGUGUAUAAUACCAAAUUUUCUCAUUUAUAUAACCAGUUAUUUUUUAUCUUCCUGUUAAAUAUUGAUCUCAAAGGGCUUAAUGCUCUUUGUGGAACUGAGACCUGUCAAUUGUUCCCAUAUAUAAUCUGUAUGUUCGAAUCAUUAAGGGAGAGUAUGUUUAUACCUGCGUAAUAGUGGAAUUCCAUUGUCAAAGUCUAGACAUCUAACCAUGAAUUUGCAAGUAUCUGGUUUAUGUAGUGUGUACAGGUCCCACAACUUGCUAGAAAAGGGGCCACUGGUCUAACCUGAAAGGUUUUUCUCUUGGGUAAUCAUCCCUCAAGUGAGAAGGGCAGGAAAUGCAUCAAAUUCAAGAAAGUAGGUUACUCUGCUCACUCUGUCCUAGGCAGCCUCUUUCACGACAUGACCAGGACACAAAGAUACAUGAAAAUAGAAAUACAGUGGUACCUUGGUUUUCUAACAUAAUUCGAGUUCCAAAACAUUCGAAAACUGAAAGCGGAAGCCUCAAAACGCAAGCCUCAAUAUGGAAAACUCAAAACGGAAGCAACGUUUCCUGUUCAAGUUCCAAGGUACGUUCGAAAACCGAGGCAUUUACUUCUGGGUUUUUGGCAUUUGAGUUCCAAAAUGUUUGACUUCAAAGGCAUUUGAGAACUGAGGUACCACUGUAACACAAUCUGCAUUGCUACCAUACCGACUUCCCCAUCACAGUUAUAUAUCAAACAGAAAUAAACAUAAAAUUUGAAGAACAUGUUAAAAAGUAGAAAUUGUAAAACAAAUUACAAGUUACAGAUAACAAUACAUUAAAAGAAAAUUCAUUUGAAGAUAAUACUGACUGAAAGCUGCCCUUACCCCAACAUAUAAUCUGAGGCCUUGAUGGACUAUCAUCAAGGAAGCAUGUUUCAGGCGAGAUCAACAGUGCCACGUUUUUGAAUGAUAGUCCAGCAAGUGGGAUUCACAAAAGCAGGCGAUAUUAAGGUGGGGAAAGCAUGCUGUCUAGGUCUUCAAGACAUAUCACAUGCCUCCUAAGACAUAAGUAACAAUUUUAUAAUGCUUUGUGAUUGCAUUUGGUAAAGAUCAACCCAUCACUUAGGUCUCAAAAUAGAUUCAUUUGUAGGGAAGGCUGCUGUGGUUGUCUUAAAUUUACUUAAAUGAACCAUAAUGUUUCUUGCUACAGGUAACUUUAAUGCUUCAUAGGGUGAAAUAAAUGCUGUUAUAAGCCAACAUGCUAUGAUAGCUGAUGGCACCUUUUAACUAAAGGUUGUAGGAUGAAAAGACACAAAAGAGGCUUUGUUUGUCUAAAGUCUAUCAUUCUGUUAAUGUGAGGAGGGCAUUAAAAGGGUACAUUAUCGCCUUUCUCACACCAAGGGAAUGGACAAGAUCAGGGCAAAAAGUUGACAGUGUUUGCCAUGGAAGCUAAUGUUAACCUUUGGCACAAAAGAAGGAACAACUCUAUAUCACACUGUCCUUAUGAAAAAGCACAGAUAUCUUGCUAAAGAAAGAGCACUUAGCUCUGAAUCCAGUGUGAUUGCAACUAAGAACACUACCUGGAAGGACAGGAGCAGGAGAGGCAUAGACUUCAGUGACUCAACAGAAGGAUGCUGUAAGGCCAAAAUAAUUUUCUGAAAGUUCCACAAUGGGUUCCACAUUGAGAAGUCAAUUAGACUUAAACAUUGCUGCUCAAGCACCAUGCUGUCUCAACCGCCCUGGUUCUUCUUGUAAUACUGGGUCCUGUAACAGUAGAUCUGGCUGAGGUGGCAAGGCCCAAGGGUCCAGGCCAAGAAUCGGUUGUGCCUUUUCUUCCUGGAGCUUCCAGAGUGCAAGCAGUGAGGAAUAUUUGGGGAGAAGGGAAGCAUGCAUAAGAUCCUUCAGCCAUGGAACUGGGAGCAUAUCCACUGGUUCUGCUUCUAGAGAUGGAUAGUGGGCAAAAAACCAGCACAUUACUGACCAUUGUAUUUUAUUUUUCCAAUUUUUGAGAAACAAAUGGAGACUAAGAGCACAAUUGGCUAGACACAAUUGGCAGGAACUGGACUGGCCAGGAGAAAGAGCACAGAAAUCUAGUUGCUUGAAUUUUUAUGCAUUUCUUGCCUUUGGAUGCUAGCUGGCAUGAAAAAAAAUCUGAUCACUGUGCAAGUUCAUUCUAUUUCCUGCAUUAGUUUUACUAUUAGACAUGAUCGCUGUAUCUAAAAAUCUGGCAAUUUUGUCAGUGUGGUCAUGAUGCAUAACUCACCAGUGCCACACUUCAAAUUGUAUGUUAAAAAUGAGGUUUCCUACCCAGAACAUGUUCAUAUUGGAAGAUUCUAGUGUGUACGGUAAUGUCAUGAAGCAAACUUUCCCUUUUAUUUUUGAAAUAAAGAGUGAAACAGUUCCACCCUCCAUUGUCAUAUUAGGUCUUUGAGUAAGCUACCACAUUUCAAGUGGGACUUAAUUUUGAGUAAAAAUGCAUAGGAUUGUGCUGUCAAGGAGCAGAACAGCUAAACUCCACAGUGAGCACAAUUGCUUUAUUAUAUCUUUUAUACUUCAGUUUUGUAAACUAGAAUGAUCAAUGUUUCAAGGCCAAAAAUUGAAGAAAGGAAGAUUAUUAAAUGUUUGUGAGAAGUGAGCUUCCUAAGAUGUGCUUUUCUGUGUUACCCAGAAAUAUAGCAAAAUGAAAAAUAUUUUUGCAUGUCCUUCUCUUCCCUAACAUGCUGUAAUUGAAAUGCAUUCCUUUUAAUUGUUUGCAUGUGAAUCUGAGGUUAAAAAAAAAUAAAUCAGAUCAGCAUUCUCACUUGUGUUCUCUGCCAAAAAAAAAAAAAAAGCACUAACACCCAAGUUUGGUGAAGAUUAAUUUUUUAAUUACUAUUCCUGGACAUCUCUUUUUUAAAGAUCCUUAUGUGAGUACUCCUUGCUCUGCAAAAUUGAAUUUGCAACCAGUAGACUAAGAUCAUGUGCUGUAAGCGGGUAGAAAGAAUAAACCAGCACACAACUGAAGGAACAAUGAUCUAUAGUGAGGUUUAUAUGCAAGCAAAGCAGCUUGUAUAAUUAUUAUGGGUGACUUUUAUAAUGUAGUGGAUGGUCAAAUUCUUACAGUAAUGUAAUGGUUUGGUCCUGUUCUAGUGAUUGUGAUUUUUUGCAAUGUUUUAAGAAUCUAAUACAGUUUGCCUGAAUACUUGUUAAUAAUAUCCAGUGAUUGUCAAGUUGGUAUUGUCAACUGCAGACUGAAAUCUAGAUACUAAUAAACCUAUCUGGGAAGGACCUUGGCAAAGUCCAGUCAAUUUUAGAAGAUGGUUUUCUGUAAUGAUUAUGUAAAAUAUAUUUUGUUUGCAAUUGCUCCCUCAAAGGUCAUCACCAUCAUCAUGUUAUCCAAAAAAAUUAAAAAGAUCCUGAAAUUUUGUCAAAUGUAUUUUAAGUCUGUCAGUCAUUCAGGAAUCUUAUUCAUAUAUUUAAUAUAGUCAGAGAUCAUUUAUUGUACUUAAUAAAAAAAGUUAACAGCUGG